UUUUUGGUUGAUUUAUUUAUUGUAACAAAGAAGAAGUGAAAUUUACAAAUUACUUCUAAGAGUUUAAAAACCAAUAUAUCAUUUAAAAGCAAAAUGUUUUGUUGUUUACGAACUUGCCUGAACGGAAAUUUUGGAAAAUCAGCUUCCUCAGCAGCGAAUCGUUUGCGUGAUCCUGAUGUGUUUCUCGAUUCAUCAUUUUCAGGACCUGAUGUUAUACUACUAUCGAGGCAACUACGUAUAACUGGCUCUGGUGGCGCCUUAGCCACAGCACCAUUAGUGCAAUCCAAAUCAUAUUUUGAAAUAAAAAUACAACAAGGCGGCAGCUGGUCAGUAGGUUUAGCAACAAGGCAAGCAGAUUUAACGAAAAAAUUUGGCGGCUGCGAUAGAGAAUCGUGGUGCCUGUGUUCAGAUAAUGCAACACGACACAAUGAUGAAACCCUCCGUCCUGUUGUGGUGACCACACAAGAACCAAUUGGCGCUGCAGAUAAUACAUUAAUCAAUGAAGCCGCGCAUACAGCUGGCCUAAUUGGUAUUGAAGAUGUACCUGAAGAUAAUGUGCUAGGCACUGUUGUUAAUGUUAGCAUUGAAAAUUGCAGUAACAACUUAAUUGCACACCCGGUACAUAGCUUUCCUGACGAAGGCGAUGUUGUGGGCAUAGCUUUUGAUCAUAUAGAGCUAAAUUUUUACUUUAAUGGCAAAAAUCUGGAUGUGCCAUUUCGUAAUGUCAAAGGCACCGUGUAUCCGGUUAUAUUUGUGGGUAAUGGCGCUAUUGUCGACAUUAUACUGGACAACUUUAACUAUGGUCCGCCGCCUGGUUUCGACAAAAUUAUGCUUGAACAAUCGUUGCUUUAAAAAUUUUCCAAUUUGCGUAAAGGACAUUAUACAUCAAAAUCAGAACAAUAAACUAUUACUAUGAAAACAGUGGUCAUAAUGUAGAAUAUAUAUUUUAUUAUAAAAUUUAGGCAAAUAACGUGUAAUUACUAAUUAACAUGUACAUAUUUAUGAUCUAACUCGACAUUUAUUAAGGCGAAGGUGUUUUUUUUUUACUCCAUACUAUACUUUUAACUAUUUGUAUAUCUAGUCAAGUGUAACAUUUUCAAGUAUUAAAAUGACUGUUUUGCAUUUCGUCACUAUUUAUAUUAUGUAAAUUUGUAUGAAAUUAAGAGUUAGGCUUUUCUAUAGAUUACUAAAAACUUCUAUUCGUUUUAUUAUUGUACGGAAUUUGUAUAUUCAACUAAAAUGUGCGCUGUAAUCUUAUAUAUUUCCAUUAAGCUAAGAUAUAAAGUUAGGCGAAAAUGAUUUAGAAAGCAUAUAAUAUGUAAUAAACUAAAUUAAACUUAUAAAAUAUAACACAUUUCACUUGCACUACUCAAAAUUUCACCACCACAUUUACGGCGAAAAAAAAUAUUUAUAAAAAUAUAUAUAAAAAUGUGUAAUUAUCUACGAAACUCAAAGAUCAUUCAGUACAACAUUCCAAUACAUUUAAAUAUUCAUGAUAUUGUAAAUUAAAAAGUAAAUAAUUGUAAACGAAUAAAAUGCAUAAUUUAUUAAGUAUGUAUGUAUGUAAAAAUUACCCUGAAAUGUUAACAAUAAACGUUGCAAUCAUGAGAUAAA